ACACGCUUCAGCAUCAGCCGCUCAGUCGCUCGAUCCGUUCGAAUAGUCGCGCGAGUGAACAGUCUACGGUCGUAGUCCUUCGGAGCGCAAAAUGCUCGCGUUUUUCCUCCUAAUUUUCGCUUUUCUGAAUGAAAACGUCGCGGCGGAGCCCUUGCUCAGGACCUGCGAGCCCAUCAGGGUGGAAAUGUGCAUGGGACUGGGCUAUAACAUGACGGGGAUGCCCAAUUUGGGAGGAAACGAUGUCCAGCAGGAGGCGGACUAUAAUUUGAAGUCGUUCUCGCCCUUGAUACAGUACGGGUGUAGUCAGCAUUUGAAGUUGUUCUUGUGUUCGGUUUAUGUGCCCAUGUGUACGGAAAAAGUGGCCAAUCCCAUCGGACCUUGCCGGGGACUUUGCGAGAGCGUCAAGUCCAGAUGUUUCCCGGUGUUGCAGGGCUUCGGCUUCCCGUGGCCCGACGCUCUCAACUGUUCUCGCUUCCCCGGCGAGAACAACCACGAGCACAUGUGCAUGGAGGGCCCCAAGGACCGCGUGGACGUCAGGGCUCCGGUGAACCCCGCGGUGCGGAAGUACGACUCGGGGCAGGUCGAUUGCGGGGGCGCGGGCGGCAUGUUCGACGAGGCGGACAAGAAAAUAGCCAUGCUCUGGAUCACUGUAUGGGCUCUAUUCUGCGUUGUUGCCAGCUUAGCCUCCGCCUUCACCUUGAUGCUGGGAGGUGGUAAGGUCAGAGCACCACCGCUAAUCAGUUUGGCACUUUGCUACUUUUUGGUAGGCGCUGGAUGGACUUUGAGCAUUUUUUCCGCCAAAUCUGGAUCUUGCUCUACACCCGAUCCCAUAAGAUUGAACAAUGAAGAUGGACUACCGAAUGUCAUGUGUGCUUUCGUGUUUCUUCUGUUGUAUUACUUCGGAAUGGCAGCGAAUGUGUGGUGGGUGUGUCUCUGCGUUUGGUGGCUGGCCAGAGCUGGCUUUUCAUGGUCUCAAGAAAAACUACAUGGGCUAUCUUCAGCUCUUCACGUGUGCGCUUGGGGCUGUCCUGCCAUUCAAACUGUUGCGGCUCUGGUGACCAGAGAUGUUGGAUCAGACGAAUUAACAGGAACUUGUUACAUUGGAAAAAAUAUGUCAACCUUGUUCUACCUUGUCGUACUGCCGUACUUCAUUUAUUUCUUUGCCGGUGCCUUCUUGCUUACAAUCGGCUGGGUUCUGGUGCUCAGAAAACCGAAACCUAUCAAUGCUGUGUCGGUACCAUUAACUCAAGGACCGCCAAGAAAAGAACGGGACUUUUUAGGCGCGUUGGCAACUCUGUACGCGUUUUCAACCCUUUGCGUCAUGUCCAGUUUCUAUGUGGAAUAUGAAAAUAGGAAAAGAUGGAUAUCGGGUGAACAAAAGCCCUCGUUGUGGUUUUUCCUGUUUCUGCGAUAUUUUAUGUCGUUGUUUGUCGGCAUCAGUUCCAUAUUCUGGAUUUGGUCGAACAAAUCGGCGCAAGUAUGGAAAUCGGUCUUGAAACGGCUCGGGCCACGAUCGCAACACAAUAAGAACGCUCCCACAGUUCUUAGAUAUCCAGUGACGCAUCAUUCUGGAAUGAUCGUCCCACUAAACAGCAUUUCCAGACAAAGUAGUAGAGUGCAUUCUCAUCGGAAAUCAUCCAGAAGCCAUCAUUUACGAAGUGGAAGUGAGACUAUAAUUUAAAAGAAACAAUUUGCAUUUAGCAAACAAAGUGCAAAUAUCAAAAGAUUUUUCAUUGAUACGUAAAUACAUUUACUAAAUUAUUUUAUAGAUUUUUUUAUAAACUUGACUUUUUACAUUUGAUUUUUGGAAUAAUUUUAAAAUGAAUCUAAUGCACUUAUAGACGUGUUAAUUGUAAAUAAUUAAUUAAGGUAUUAGUGUAAGGCUGUCUCAGGCAUGCUCUUUAUGUUGUUGAUACAUCUAGAACCAGACAAUAUUUUCUUGCCACAAUGAUCAUGGAUACUAAUAAAAUUAGUUCAAAAUCUUCCAGUAAGUAUCACAUUUUGAGGCUAUUUCUGAAAUCAAGUACUUAGUUUGUGACGAGAUUAGUUGGAUUUAAUCCUAGAUGACUUCUUCACAGCUUAUUCAAUACUCAGUUGCACAACUUUCUGAGGAUCGAGACAAGGUAUUUUUUAUCUAAAGGCGUGCACACACGAAAGAAACAGUGGCAAACAACUUUGCAAACGUUAAAACAACCUCUACAUUUCGCAAAACAUUUCUGGAAAUAGUACGAUAAAAAUAUAAAAAAAUUGGCGCCGGGAGGCACGUAUAGCCGC